ACGAAGGAGUCAGAAACCCAAGUUACCCAACUAGUCACACUAACAACAGACCCAAUUGUGGGACGAGCAGGUCUCUCUCCGGCCACCGUCCGGCGACAAUGUUACAAUUUCCGGGUUUCAUGAAACAGUACCCAUGGUCGACCAGGACAAUUCCGACGUCGUUUCUGCUGCCGUCUCAAUGGCCCCAACCCCACAGCGAAGAGCUCCUCCUCGCCAUGGAGGAAGCCGAUUACGACGAAAAGUGUAAUGAAAUCCGAAAGAGCCACAGCCACCGGAUUAUGAUUGGGAAACCAACUGUUGAUGUUGAUAAGGAAGACUAUGAUAAUGAUGCUGACGAUGACGACGUGGACAAUGCAGAGGAUUCUGAGGGCGAAGAGUUUGAGCAGGAAACUGGUUGAACAUGCCAAACCCCCAUCUUCUGUUUUUGGUUGGACAAUUAUAAACCUUCUCAUGAUAUGGCAUUGAAUUAUGAAUGCGUUUGUUCCAUGCUCUUUUUCUGGAUAGUGUGUGUUCCAUAUUCUCUUAAACAUAUAUGAAAAUAAACUCCAAGGAAUUAUUUAAUUUGCUUGAGUUUCAAGUUA